GUCAAUGUGAAACGUGCUUUGACAUGCGACAGCCAUUGCAUGCGGAAUAUUCGGAAUGGCUUCCGAGAGAAGAAGGAUGCCGUAUUAAGUAUUUCAACCACAAAGAAGCAUGUGACGUGUUAAAUGAUGUUUCUCUAAUUAUGGUCGGUGAUUCUUUAAUACGUCAUCUAUACACAGCUUUCGUUAUGUUAUUGAAGAACAACCUAAAGGAUGCGGCUAUUAGUGACCACGCCCCAACAGAUGCUAGGCGAAGAUGUUCGGGCAUGUACAUAUUCUCAGACAAGAGAUGUCGGGCUUACGUCGAUCAUGACAUUCAAAACAUUUGUAGUGGACAUAAUUUCAAUUUGAAGUUUUUUGAAUAUUACAGUACAGGAUAUUCUGUAAAUAUAACACAACUCGCCAUAAAGAUUGUAAACGCACCAAAAACUAUUCUACUAGUGGGCGUGGGAUUACACGAUAACUUAAAUUCCAAACAUAUUCAACGUAAUCUUCUUCAACCCCUUCUCAACAUUCUCAAAUAUCAAACAUGGCCGAAAUUUGUAUGGGCCACGCCGCAUUCUGCUGGAAUUUUAAAAACUGACUCAAUUAAAGCACAGAGCAGAUCAUCUUUGGUCUCAUUUAUACGAGAAAUAGAUGAGUAUUUAAAAGUUCACAAUAUAGCCGUGUUUAAUACUUUCCACGUAACUAAGAAUGUAAUGAGUUUUGACGGAACACAUUAUGGUCUGGGAAUAAACUUAUUAAAAAGUCAGAUUUUGCUAAAUUAUAUCAAAGAACUUAGUGAUGGUGGGAGUUUAUAAUAUAAAUUAAGUUGUGUUUUUUUUUUAUGAUUUGUUAAUAAAUUUAUAUUACAACAUUCAAUAAAUCUCAGUUCUUAGAUAUAAAUAUUUA